AUGUAUCCUUCUGCCGCGGUUCGCCUCGAAUUCGCACGAACCUCUCCUGGUGUUUCAUCUACAGACUCCUUCAGUCAGUCAGUGACCCAGAGCCCGUAUGCGGUGACUGGAAAAGAGUGUGAGCCCGUCACCAUCACCUGCCUUUUCCAAAUUCAUUUCUGGGGCAGUUACAGAUUACAGGCUGGACAUUUCUUCAAGCGUGCACAGUCCGAUGCACAGUGCCAGCGGGUCACUCCAGGUGGACGGUUUGUUGUGUGGAUUAAUAUAGCGAAAAAGACCUUUUCGUUGAAAAUUAUUCGUUUGAGAGUUGAGGAUAUGGCCACAUAUUACUGUCAAGCUGACAUCGAGAGACGGGGCACUGUGGAUGGGGCUUCAUGGAACACUUACUAUCAGGAUGGGACGGGGACUACGGUGACUGUCACAGCCGAUUCCAUUUCCGCGGGUUCCCAGAAUCCGCCUCAACAAUCCUCUCUUUCUGGUGACACUGCCACCCUUAACUGCGUAUAUUCCGGAAUCUGCUCGUACACAGUAUACUGGUACCGACAGUUCCCAGGGCAGGCUCUAGAAUUCCUGCUCCAAAGACACACUUCAGGAAAGCAAGAUGAGGAAGAGGCUGCCGAAGGUCGUAUUUCUGGUUCUCUCGAUCCAGGACAGAAAAUCAGUCAGUUAACGCUCUCUGAAGUACUGCCGAGCGACGGGGCUGUGUUUACUGUGGGAUGA